UUUUGCUACUGGGGAAAAAAGGUUUGAGAGAGGUGGGCGAUCUAUAUCAGACAAUGUUAAAAAGAAGUAACUCAAGAUAUUCAAACGGAGAUAGCUCAGUUGGUUGUUGAGCAAUUAUUUUGUGAUUAAAUACUGCAUCAUUUGGACGGUGAGGAACGAUGGAGACGCUGCUGCCCAAAGCGCCAGAGAAAAGGCAAGUGACCGCCAUUAUUUUGCUAUUACUGUUGUGGGAGGCGGGCAGUGCUGCUAUUAAGUAUUCCCUCUUAGAAGAGAGAGAGAGUGGCUUUUUUGUGGCCAACCUAGCAAAAGAUCUGGGGAUGAGUGUAGGGGAGAUGGCUGCGCGGGGGGGCCGAAUUCUUUCGAAAGGGAACAAACAGCAUUUGCAACUCGAACAGACGAGUGGGAAUUUGCUGCUAAAAGAAAGAUUGGACCGAGAAGAAUUGUGCUGUGACAUGGAUCCAUGUAUACUGCACUUCCAGGUAUUACUGAAAAAUCCAGUUCAACUUAUUCAAGGUGAACUACAGCUCCAAGAUAUAAAUGACCAUGCCCCAGAAUUCCUGGAAAAUGAAAUAGUCCUAAAAAUCUCUGAAAGUAGCCGUCCCGGAACUCUAUAUCCUUUGAAUAUAGCUCAAGAUUUGGAUGUAGGUAUCAACACAGUUCAGAACUAUAUAAUUAGCACCAAUGCCCACUUCCAUCUUUUCACCCGCAAUCUGAGCGAUGGCAGGAAAUACCCAGAGCUGGCACUGGACAAAGCCCUGGACCGAGAGGAACAGCCUGAACUCAGAUUAACCCUCACCGCGAUAGAUGGUGGGUCACCGCCCAGGACUGGGACUUCCCAGGUUCUCAUCGUUAUUCUGGACAUCAAUGACAAUGCCCCUGCAUUUGUUCAGAGGCUGUAUGAGGCUCAGGUCCCAGAGAAUAGCCCUGUAGGUUCCCUUGUCAUCAAGGUCUCUGCUAGAGAUUUAGAUGCUGGGAUCAACGGAGAGCUCUCCUACUCAUUUUUCCAAUCCUCAAACCGAGUCAUUCGGGCUUUUGAAAUAAACAGAGUCACGGGAGAAAUUAGAUUAAAAAAGGUGUUGGAUUUUGAGGAAAUUCCUUCUUACCGUAUGGAAGUUGAGGCUUCAGAUGGUGGGGGUCUUUCAGGAAAAUGCACGGUCGUCAUAGAAGUGAUGGACAUAAACGACAAUGCCCCUGAACUGACCAUGUCUUUACUCAUCAGUGAUAUCCCAGAAAACUCCCCAGAAACUGUGGUUGCUAUUUUCAGAAUUUCAGAUCCAGACUCUGGGGACAAUGGAAAAAUGACGUGUUCCAUCCAAGACCAUCUACCCUUCCUUCUAAAACCUACUGUAGAAAAUUUCUUUACCUUGGUAACAGAAGGGUCAUUGAACAGAGAGACCAGAGCCCAGUACAACAUCACCAUCACAGUCACUGACAUGGGGACACCCAGGCUGAAAACAGAGCACACCAUAACAGUGUUGGUCUCAGAUGUCAAUGACAACGCCCCCGCCUUCACCCAAACCUCCUACACGCUGUUCGUCCGCGAAAACAACAGCCCCGCCCUGCACAUAGGCACGAUCAGCGCCACAGACAGAGACUCAGGCACCAACGCCCAGGUCACCUAAUCCCUGCUGCCACCUCAGGAACCCCACCUGCCCCUCGCCUCCCUGGUCUCCAUCAACGCCGACAACGGACACCUGUUCGCCCUGAGGGCGCUGGACUUCGAGGCCCUGCAGGCGUUCGAGUUCCGCGUGGGCGCCACAGACCGAGGCUCCCCCGCGCUGAGCAGCGAGGCGCUGGUGCGCGUGGUGGUGGUGGACGCCAACGACAACUCGCCCUUCGUGCUGUACCCGCUGCAGAACGGCUCUGCGCCCUGCACCGAGCUGGUGCCCAGGGCGGCCGAGGCGGGCUACCUGGUGACCAAGGUGGUGGCGGUGGACGGCGACUCGGGCCAGAACGCCUGGCUGUCGUACCAGCUGCUCAAGGCCACGGAGCCCGGGCUGUUCAGCGUGUGGGUGCACAAUGGCGAGGUGCGCACCGCCAGGCUGCUGAGCGAGCGCGACGCGGCCAAGCACAGGCUGCUGGUGCUGGUGAAGGACAAUGGCGAGCCUCCGCUGUCUGCCAGCGUCACGCUGCACGUGCUGCUGGUGGACGGCUUCUCCCAGCCCUACCUGCCGCUCCCGGAGGCGGCGGCGGAGCAGGCCCAGGCCGACUCGCUCACCGUCUACCUGGUCAUCGCCUUGGCCUCGGUGUCCUCGCUCUUCCUGUUCUCGGUGCUGCUGUUCGUGGCGGUGAGGCUGUGCAGGAGGGACAGGGCGGCGUCUGCGGGUCUCUGCUCGGUGCCUGAGGGCCACUUUCCGGGCCACCUGGUGGACGUCAGCGGCACUGGGACCCUGUCGCAGAGUUACCAGUAUGAGGUGUGUCUGACGGGAGGCUCUGAGACCAGCCAGUUUAAGGCUCUUACACCUACAUUCCCCAUCCUCUUGGGUGAAGAGGCUGGUGGAAACAUAAGGAACUCCAACGCCAGAAAUCGUUAGGGUUUUAAUUAGGAAUCUAACAGAUUACAGUGGUAAAUCCUAGGAUUCACUAAUCCAGCACAGAGAGCUGUAUAUUCACGUGUUAGUAAUUGUUGUCAUAUUUAUAGCUAUUUCAGCCUCCUGAAUUAUUUUAUAUUCUAUUUCUUGUUAUUAUUGAUAGUCAUCUCGUAUAGUCCAUGUGCAUUCAAUACCAGAGAAAUGAUGUUUCUUAAGUGUGUUAUUUGGUCAGUUUUUUGGAAGCCACAGGUAUUUUCAAGGUUCCCAAUUUUUGAACUUGGUCAUUGAUGUCCUGUUAUGAUUAAGAGAAUUCUGUUCUAAAUUUUAUGGGUAUUAUCAGCAUGAACCUAACUCUAUUGUAAAUUAUGGCUUUCAGUUUUAAAAAUAAUUUUUAAUUAUGAAGAAUUUUAGAAAUCUUGUAUAUUGUUGGAUUUUCUGUUGUGUUGUUUCAAAAAUACUAUUGUUUCCUCAAAUGAACCAGUACUUUAUCUAGAUGGAGUUUUCUCAAUUGAGUGCUUUCUUUCAAAAUCAAUGCCAUUUAAUUAGACCAUCUCCUGUUAUUCUAAAGGAUUCAAUUUCUGUUACAUGAAAAGACAGAAAAAAGUUGGUAGACUUGUGAUUGCUUUUUCAUAAUAAAUUGUUUUGUUAUGGAUACUACUCUUAUUCUUUAAGAUAACAUAUAGUCACGAAAUUCGAACAUAUGCUAAUGACAAAAGGGAAAGCAAAUUAACAUCAUUACACCAUCCAGAAAUAAUUUCAUUAAGUCAACAUCAUUCUAAAAUAUUUCUAAGAAUGCACAUAAGAACAGAUGGAAAGUUUUAUAAAAUUGAUCUAUAAUAAAUGAAUAGCUUCAAAUUAAAACCAUCAGCUUGAAUAUAAUAAAACAGAAAUGAAACUAUAGAACUUGUAUCAUAUCUGUUUAGAUAAAGAAUCCUAUAAGGUGAAAAAACAAGAUUAUGAUGCAUAUUAAGAUACUAGCAUUACUUAACUGCCUGCUUAACUAUAACCAAAUAAACAUUCCUACACCCCCUCCCACCUUUCCUUUCCUCACCUUACUUAUACUUUUUGUGUUUCAUAUUGUUACCCUUAAUUUAUUUUGAAUGAAUUCUUCCCAUAAUUAGAUAUUUUAUAUAUUUUUAAAUUUAAUUUGAAAUUAUAUAGUGCUCUUUUUUCAAUUUAA